UAACGUUGGUUGGUGCAAUCGAUAAGGACAUACGAAAGUGGAACCACCUCCCCUCAGUGGGUGCGCCUGCGUUGGUGGGUACACAAUUGGCGACAAACGGGACGGAAGGGAAGGCAUAAGCUGGGGAGAACAGCGGGAGUGGCCAUUCCGCCCGCCAUCUUCACACACCAAACAAUCUCGACAUUUCAUCCUUCCUUCUUGUGUUUGAAGUCGCUCUCUGCCACAGAAGAGCGCGGAUCGCAGUCGAGCAAUAUCUCCGGGCGGAUCAUAUGUCGCGCGCAAAGCACAAGGGAGAGGAAGACUCCGAGGCGCGGUAGAUGGCGGGCCGACAAGGUCAGCCUCACGAUCGUGGCUUCCGCGAAGUUGUGCUGGGCGGGUGUCAGCCUCAGAGCUGCGUGGACCGGUUCGGCUAUGGAGCCACCGAGGUGAUCCGACAACGCGAACGCGACCACAUUAACAUGACCGAGACCGACACGCUUGUGCAAGGAGUUCCGACCGGUCAGAUCGUCACUGGUGUUGAGGAAGAGGUCGGAGACGGCUCGCAGGUGCCGGGUUUGGAGAGGAAGAUCCCGAAGAUGCCGUACUUCAGGAACAACCUGACGGCCUUGUCGCAAAGAUACAACCUCUACUUCGCCGCCUACGAAAACCGAAUCUUUGUCUACCGUCCCAAGGGCAUCCUGAAGCAGGCGCUACCCCGCGAGCCGAAUCUCAUCCUGGCCACGAAGCCCGACAAGGUUGCGCGACACAUUGGCGGAACGCUCGACGGACGUUUUCACCAUCAGAUGAACCACAUCGCGGUUGGGUUUCUGGGCAGAGAGGAGGUCCUCGUUUCGGUCUAUGACGACGGGUCGGUCUUUGCACACUACACCAAACACAUCGCCGAGUACACGGAGCGCGCAUCGUCCGGCUGCAGAAUCCCGAACCCUAUACCGGCGCCCUUCUUCCGUGAGAAUGUGGGGUCAUCGGCAUGGGGCAUCGCGAUCCACCAAAAGUCGCGACUCAUCGCCGUCAGCUCCAACAAGAGGGAAGUGACGGUCUUCGCCUUUGGACUCUCUCACCUGCCCGAGGCUAUGGAGUGCCGGGAGAGACCGAGGGAAUUUUGCGAGAGGUCAGUUCUUAAGAGGAAGCGGAAUUGGAGGAUCUGCAUACCUCUGGGCGAUGGGGGCCACAACAUCCCCAACAUCUCCCUGUGGGACGACCAUGAGGGUUUCGCGGAAAAGGUCGUUGCGAACGAUAUCUACGGCACGACCUGGAUCCUCGACAUCUGGAAAGUCGGAACGGCGCCGUUAAGGAUCUCGCACAGGGCCAAUGUCCAGGGUCAGUGGGCCUUCCGCAACCCGAUGGGCUGGGGCAUCGUCGUUCUUCCCUAUGAGAGUUUUCUGCCUGCGAAUUCGGUAACGGAUCUCCUAGGCAUGAAGGAGUCGGACAUCAUGAACGCGAAGAACCCCCACGCGGGACGGUGGAUCGAGACUCAACGGGGCCUCGCGUGCGUUCGCGACCACCCUGGUGAGCCCGUGGCUCAGAGCUUGGCAGAACCCGAAACUUUUGGGAACCAACACCCUCCAGCGACAUGGUUGCAGCCUCAGCAGCCUGCCUUCCUAGCAGCCAUCCUAACGGGCCAGCCGUUGCUUGCUCUACCGGCGCCCCCUCCGCCGCCAAAUGAAGGAGGCGGGGAUGGUUCUGAUGACGACGAGGGGGCGCCUCUUGACGCUGUUCCUACCCCUCCUCCCGCCGCUCCGGCACAGAACGCUUUGUUCUUCAUCCCCGACCAUGAAGAGGAUGGGUGGAGCGAGGAGGAAGAGGAAAUUCCGAAUCCAGCGUGGGAGGACCUGUCAUCUGCUUUCGAUAGUGAAGACGACGACAAUGCAAGUUUUGCCGGUGUGUUGGGAAACAAUAACGAUGCGAAUGAAAUCACCUUUAUCGAAGAAGCGAUGUCCGCUACAGAAGACGACGUUGAAGCCGAUGAGGCCCUGACACAGAGUUUGGCUCCCGACGGGAUUCUCGGCUUCUUCAGACGUAUGGCAGACUGCGACCUCAGCGGCUAUAAAACACAAUGGUUAGACAUGAUUUUCACACCCCACGACGGUAAGACAUACGUCUCGCCGACCUCGGCCGUCGACCGCAUCCAAUACCUACGCCGGCCUAUGUUUAAGAACCGAAACACCAAGCAGCAGGACCGGAAAGCCCUAGAGGAGCUCGGCAGACGGUGUUGCAUCCUGCGAACGUACGAGGAGGACAUUGAGAUGCGCAGUAUCAACCCGGAUGACGGCGCCGCCGUCUUCUGCAAGGACCCCAUCAGCUGGAACUACCCGCCGCACCCGCUGCUGCGGCACGCCGAGCGUCUCAACAUGGUCGUACACGUGCCCGAGCUCUCGCUCGUGGUGAUCGGGUCCGCCAUUGGCCGCGUGAUCCUUCUGACCCCGACGCGGUCGCGGUACUCUAUUCCAGGAGACGGGUUCAGGCUGAAACAGGGGUUCCGGAUCGACUGGGUUUUGCCGAGGCGGUCAGAAGAGAGGUCCGGGUGGCGGCCGCCUCGUGGGCUUUAUGGUAUUGCCGUUGGACCGGUACAGGAGGGCGGCGCGACGGGGUGUUUGCUGAGGCCUGAUAACGCGCCCGCGCCGUCGCCAGCGUCGAGACGGUAUAGGCUCAUGCUACACUACCGUGACCACACCAUUUUAAGCUACGAGAUCAGCCGGGACGAGGGGAAUGAAGAUGUUCUAAUCUUUUGAGAGCCAAGACUGCGGUGGUAGCCUUGAAGUCCUCCAAGCCGGAUGACUGCGAAAUCCGGCGAGUUGGGGGUGUCGUCAUACACAGCAACGACACUAUGCGAUGGUUCGAGGACUGGUUCAACUCAGGAAGCUUUCAAAACCCUUGGGGAAGAUGCGAGAGGCUUUUGGGUCGGCUGACUGUCUUUGUUUUUUUGCUUGGGGGUUUUCUGUUACGGGCGACAUGGCGUUUUGCGGAAACUCCCAAAGGGGGUCUUCUGAUACCCUGGCCUACCAACGAGACCCCCAUCCCGAGGUUUCCACAAGGGAAAGGGGGCAAAAUCGAGAAAGAUAGUUAGGCUAUUUCUUUAUUUUCUUUUUCGAAAAUGCAACGAGACAUGAAUACGUGGGAUCGGGUGCAAGGCCCGUGGCCGAGUCCGUUUGUGUCUGCGCUUGGAGACGUCGUUCGUAUGAGGGUCGGACUGGGCCGUUGGCCGUUUC